CUCCCAUCUCUCUUACUCUCUAAAACCCUCACCGCGUAGCAUGCUCACUCUGAUGGAUCGUGAAUCCGCUAUCCAAUCAGUCCACUAAAACACUAAAGAGAAGAUUUAAGUCACUGCCACUGCAAGAGCCUGCAAUAAAAUGCCAUUCCGACUUGAGCAACACUGAUUUGGAUCAGAAUAUGUCUCUUGGGUCCUCCAACAAAGAGGAGAUGUUCACGGGUAACUCCACUUUGCCGUACCUCUCCAACUUCAGCCUGGCAGACAAGGCUGGGACAAGCAAACCUGUAGCAUGUGAGCAGCUCCACAUCGCUGUGGAGGUCUUUCUGACCUUGGGGAUCAUCUCCUUAUUAGAGAAUAUCCUGGUUAUUACAGCCAUAGUAAAGAACAAAAACCUUCAUUCACCCAUGUACUUCUUCAUCUGCAGUUUGGCAGUAGCUGACAUGUUAGUGAGUGUGUCCAAUGCCUGGGAAACUGUCGUCAUUUACCUGCUCAACAACAGACAGCUGGUGGUGGAGGAGCACUUCAUUCGCCACAUGGACAACAUUUUUGAUUCCAUGAUUUGCAUCUCUGUGGUCGCAUCAAUGUGCAGUCUAGUGGCCAUCGCUGUGGACAGGUAUAUUACUAUUUUCUAUGCACUGAGAUACCACAACAUCAUAACGGUGAGGCGAGCUGGCUGCGUCAUUGGGGGAAUCUGGACCUUCUGCACAGGCUGUGGGAUUAUCUUUAUUAUCUACUCCGAUACCACGACUGUCAUCAUCUGUCUUGUGGCCAUGUUCUUCAGCAUGCUGCUCAUCAUGGCAUCCCUUUACAGCCACAUGUUCAUGCUGGCCCGUUCACAUGUCAAGCGCAUUGCUGCCCUGUCAGGUUACAACACCAUCCAUCAGCAGACCAGCAUGAAGGGCGCCAUCACACUGACCAUUCUCCUUGGGAUCUUCAUCGUCUGCUGGGCUCCCUUCUUCCUCCAUCUCAUCCUUAUGAUAUCCUGUCCACGGAACCUCUACUGUGGGUGCUUCAUGUCCCACUUUAACAUGUACCUAAUCCUCAUCAUGUGCAAUUCUGUCAUUGACCCAUUGAUCUAUGCCUUCAGGAGUCAGGAGAUGAGGAAAACCUUUAAGGAGUUAUUUUGUUGUUUUAACCUUAGGAAUUGCUACACUAGCAUCUGUGCUCUGACUGGAAAGUGCUGAACAACAAAAAGUGAAAAGUGAAAUUAAAUUUGACACUGGAACUUUUUAAAAAGCCAUUAUGUAGAAUUAGAUUUACUGUAUGACACACAGCAGCACGGUGGGCGACUGGUUAGCACAGUUCUAAGGCCCCGCCUGUGUGGAGUUUGCAUGUUCUCCUCGUGCCUACGUGGGUUUUCUCCGGGCACUCCGGUUUCCUCCCACAUCCCAAAAACAUGCAUGGUAGGUUGAUUGAAGUCUCUCAAUUGCCCAUAGGUACGAAUGCGAGUGCGAAUGGUUGUUUGCUUAUAUGUGCCCUGCGAUUGGCUGGCGACCAGUUCAGGGUGUACCCUGCCUCCUGCCCGAUGAUAGCUGGGAUAGGCUCCAGCACUCCCGCGACCUGCGUGAGGAUAAGGCGGUACAGAAAAUGUAAAGAUGGAUGGAUGGAUGACACACACUACAUUUACAUGACAUUAGAGAAAAUCAAAGUGUUGCAUCAGAGGAACUAAAACCGCAUAUUCAGGACAUGUAAACUAGUUGAAUGAAAUGAUAAUAAAUCAAAAGCCUUAUGAUUAUGCACCUGAAUAAAGAGGUUAGAUUGUUCACCAACUCUAUUUUUGGGUGGGAAAGAGGGGGGCAAAUAUGUAAUAAACUGUGCAUGUAAUGACCACAACAGUGUUGUUUGAAAGAUCCAUUUGUUGAGAUUCACUGUUUCAUUUCUCCCAGACAGAUCCAUGGUUUGUAAACACUUAAACAUUAUCAUGAUAACAUAGAAAUAAAAAUGUAUGUUAUCUCGAUUUUAAAAGAACUGUUGACAAUAUGGUAGAAACUAACCAAGAUUCAUCAAGGUACAAACAGAUAAGAUGCUGGUGUAAUUCCAUCCAUCCAUCCAUUUUCUACCGCUUAUCCAGGGUCGGGUCGCGGGGGCAGUAGCUUUAGCAGGGACGCCCAGACUUCCCUCUCCCCAGCCACUUCAUCCAGCUCUGGUGUAAUUGCCAUAGAAAUAUAACUGAAGUAGUUCUGAAUGUUCAAAGUGAUGAUGAUAAAUAAGCUACAGAGAAUCACGCGAACAAGGCAUCAUAUUGUCAGAAGAACCACAGGACAUGCUGUUGUAGACACUCGGAAAUUCCAUCUGGAGUCACAUGUAUUGUGAAAGAGAAGUGUAUAAUCAGUUAAUAGCAGUGUGUUUAAAAAGUGAGUAAAGGGCAAAAUCCUUAUUAGCUGCUAUUUCCAUUUACGCAAAUGCACUGGGAACACUACACAUUCAAUUCUUUAUCAAAACAUGAGAAAAAAAGUAACUUCCUUUGCAGAAGGUGAGGGGAGUGAAAAAACAUUUUGCAUUCAAAUAUUUUGUUGUUUAAGUACUGUUUCUGAAACUGCUUCGGAUUUGUGUCGGCAUGAAGUUGACCCCCUCUGGCACCCACUAUUCCAGCCCAGGGUUAUUGGUCUACAUUCCACAAUACCCCUUGAGUUGGUAAAAAAAACAACAACAACAACAUUCCAACACCAUUAACCAGCCUAAUAUUCCUUGUCUUUACUUUUCAAUAAAUACAUAGCAACAAUUUGUCCUCAUAUUUGAAUUUGAAAUAGAUCAUGCCGUGUUCCCAAUUCGUGUUUGUAUUUGGAAAUACAAGCAAUUAAAAGAAUUUUGACUAAUGGUGCAUUUGGUACCUGAGCGUUCAGUGGGGACUUAACAGACACGUGCACACAUAGACAUAAUAUGGUGCUCAAGCACAUACCCUUUUUCCCUAGUCGAAAAUUUUUUUUUUAUUGCUGCAGCACAUUUUUUCCCUCAUCAUUCAUAUAUUUAAAAAGAAGAAACCCUCUCUGUCAUCAAUGCCACCCAAAGUGUUUUGAUAUUUGAGGGGCAUUUAUUUGAAUAUGUCCCUCCUCAAUUUAUUUGGAAUCAAUCAGAGGCACUUCAAAUGGUGGAAGGUGUGCGCUGACCCCCACUUAACAUGAAUUAAAACGUGAUUGCUUAAUUUUACUACAGCAACAUCCCCAUUUAUAUGAGGGUGUGUGCACUUUUGCCACCAUGUUAUCUCAGUUGUUUAUUUUUACUUCCUUGUUAAUUCUUUAUUAAUUGAGUUGUGCGGGGCCGCAACACUAGUGAGGAUAAGCAGUACCGAAAAUGGAUGGAACGAGUUGUGUGGGUUCUAGGUAACUAAUAGUUGAAAAAUGUUUUAAUUUUUUUUUUUUUAUCGUGGUCUCAUUU